AUGGCCUCGCCUACAGACUUCUCUUCUUCUCAUAUCUUAUUCUCUGCAGCUCCAGCAUGGGGUCAUGUCAGGCCAUUUUGCGUUCUCGCUGCGCGUCUUGUUAAAGAGAAUAACACUGUGGUUACAACUUUGCUACUCUCCCCGAAUUUGUUAAAGAACGCGAAAGCAGAGAUUGAUUCCGAGUUUCGGGGGCAAGAGACUCAAAGUAGCCGCCAACGCGUCAGAGUGCUCUCAGCUUAUGCGUCGGAUGCCGAGGACCCAUUCAGUCUCAUUGCUCCUCUCAUACAAACAUAUCCGGCAGUCUAUCAAUCCCUCGUUGAGAGCAAGUCUGUAUCCUGCUCUGUCACAGGAACAGUGUUUAAUCCGGUAUCUCCUCCUAAUGCGGUCGUACUUGAUUUUUUUUGCCAUCCACAAAUGCUGGCGACGCGAGCUAUCACUGGGAAUUCUGUCCCGAUAAUCUCAUGGUUUACCGGCCACGUAGCGACAGGAAUUCGAUUCUGGGGUCCGAAGACUCUUGGAGGAUAUGGCGAUAUUGAGAAGCAGGUGGACGAAGAGGCAGCUCGUACAGGAAGGUCACCCAAAGAAAUAUCCGACGAACUUUAUAACUUCCCCAAACGAGCAAACGGAGAGAUCGUUAGAGUACCAGGUGUACCUGAGAUGUACGACUGGGAAUAUUUCCCUCAGAAUCUUCCGUUCGAGAUGCCAUUCGGAGAAUUUAUGAAAAUCGCGGUCAACGGACUUAGGGAAGCUGAUGCAUGCUUUGUGACAUCUUCAUACCUAUUUGAAGCCGACUCAAUCAACGCGCUGAAGACUUAUUUUUCGGAACUUAAGCAAGAUGUAUUCGUUAUUGGGCCUUUACUACCCUCUGGGUAUGGAAUAGUAUCCGAAAGUGCUCGAGGAUCUAGAGAAACGCAGGAAUUCCUUGAUAAAACACAGCUGCGGUUCGGUGAACGAUCUGUAACUCUUAUUUCAUUUGGAACCGUCUUCUGGCCCACCGUACAAGGUUACAUCGAGGAGGUCAUUGAAGCAUUUAUCGAAAAAAAUGCACCCUUUAUUCUAUGCUAUGCUUCACCCUUUGCUAACAUAUCAGAGAAUUUGAAACAAAGGAUAGCUCGGUGCGGUCUAGGCUUGAUUUCGAAAUGGUUGCCCCAGCAAUACAUACUAAAUCAUCCGGCGACUGGAUGGUUUAUGACCCACGGCGGACACAACAGUGUCUUGGAAAGCUUAGGGAGUGGCAUCCCCAUGAUUUGUUGGCCUUUUGAAGCCGACCAGCCAGCCGGAGCUGCCCAUAUGUCCAUCAAUCUCAAGGUCGCCUUCGAGUUGAUUGAAGUUAGGACAGGUCCCAAUGGUAUGAAACCCCUAUUGAGAUCAGGCCACAAAGCCAGUGGAACUCGGGAAGCUGUCGGUGUGGAGAUCAGACGGGUUAUAGAUUUGUGCCGUGGGGAUCAAGGGAAGGAGCUACGACAAAACGCUAUGGAACUAAAGACAGAACUAUCGAAGUCAUGGGACGAAAAUGGAAUCAGCAAAAAAGAAAUGAAAAGGUUCGCGGAGACGUAUAACCUACAUUUAUUCUAG